AUGUCGCGCGAAGCAACAACGAAUAGCUUCGCGUCGUUUGGCUCCGACUUUGACCCUGAGCACGAGGCGCUCGCGUCCACCAAAGAGCUCGGUCAUGGUAGCCCCCGACUUCCGUCCAUGCACACCAACGCCAGGAAGCGCCACGAGUACGAAGAAGAAGAGCCCGACUACGCUUUCAACACAUCCACCUUCGAGCAAUAUCUACCAGAUUUUUCCCCGGUCGGCACAUCCGAAGAAGAAGAAGAGGCCGACAACGACGACAGCAUCUCCAUUGAGGCCGGCCGAGGCCCGACGAAACCUCCCCGUCGAUUGGACGACUCGAGAAACUCCUACAUGAGCAUCGAAAACAGCGUUCGCUCGUCGUCACCCGCCGUCAGACUCGAUUAUCCUACUUCUAAUACCCCUCAGAAGUCUGCUCUGCGGAACCCGGCGAGAAGAGCGGUCAGCGAUAGUCUCCGAAAGGAUGCUCAAAUCAGACGCGCCAGCCUGGCCCAUAAGGAGAACGUUGAUCCCCACACAGCCAAGUCGAACCGCAAAGAGCGACGAACGCUGUCAGACAUGCACGCAAAGGUUCGCGAUACUUAUGAAGGAUCCCUAAUCGAGGACGAAAGGCCUCCGGCCAUGGCCAACAGUACGCGUCCGACACGUUUUGGAAACCCCAACCUCUCUCAUCAGAUUGCCGAUGCGGUGGAGAAGGCUUCUCAGGAGGCUUACGCUCGCGAACUCCGUCGCGGAAAGUCCAGUAACAGCUCUCGCAAUAUGGCCAACAAUGCAGGUGAUACGGCUACUCAGCAGUCAUUCCUACUACCGGAUCUUCCCAACUUGUCAGAGUUGGUCUCGGGCGUCUACGAAGACGGCACGCCCGUGUAUUCCCGUCAGAACAGAGCACGGACGACGCGCUUUGUCUCCCCUCCGCAUGAUGCUACUGAUGUUUCUUUGACUCGCGAACACAUGCCGCUGGAUGCUGUCCCCAUUCCGGAAGAUGAGAAGGCACUCUUCGUUUCAUUGAGACUCUUGCAGGACAAGGUUGCAGAAUUGGAGAGGUCCAAGUCUGACGCCGAACGGAGGUUGGAUGAUAUGAAGCGGGAGAAUGAAGCGCUGAGGGCAAACAAGCGCUCAAAGGACAAGCAUGGUCGCAGCAGACCUUACGAAUCCGACGAGGAUGACUACCGAAGAGAUCAGCUUGCCAACGAGAACCAAAAACUAGAUGCCGCCAACCUGGCUCUGCAGAACAAACUCGACAUUAUCGAAAGAAAGGCCCAGAUUCAGGAAUCGACUUUAAAGCGGCUGAACCGAGAACGAGACAUGGCAGUCUCUCAAUUGGGAGUUGCAUAUCUGGAGAGUCAAGACCUCAAGAGCGAGAAUGAGAGUCUGCGCCAGGAGAAUGCAGACUUGAAGUCGCAGAUAUCGAAGAUCUUGGCCGCAGGCUCCAGAGCACGUGAGGACACAGUCGAGUCAGAGCAGUCUUCUAUGACUGAUGCAAGCGACGAGGAUAGCCAAAUCGAUACGCAGCAUAGCAAGCAUACGAGCCGAAGCACCCGCGAGGUCACUGGGAAGAGCUCGCGAUCCAAGUCUAGACGUCAGGAAGAUUCGCGCGCCAAGAUCUCGACGCAGGUUGAUAAGGAAAUUUCCCGGCUUGAAAAGGAGCGUGCAGAAGAGGCACUGUUUUCGAUCGACGUCCCCCAGACCAGGGAAAAGUCGAAGUCGAGAUCAGGAAAGUCCAAGAGCCGGUCGGAGAGCAGUGAUGUGAGUACCAGGAAGCAGUCGAACACUGGCAAACAGCGCGUCAAGAGAGUGGUUGUCGAAGAGGUGGAGGAGACAGAGCCUGUUGAAUCGAGUGGUGAGGUCACUGGAAACACCAAGAAAUCCAAUGCAACGGAGCAGGAUUUGACCCUGCUGAGCUUCGUUGAUGAACGUGAAAUCGCUCAACUACGGAAGACGCUGGAAGAGGAACGCCUGGCUCGGAAACGGCGGCAGUCGAGUACAAGCAAAGAGCAGACUGCAAACGAGACCGGAAACACGACCCGGCAGAGCCUGGCUAAGUCGACGAUUCCCAGAAAGUCUUCCCUCAAAGAAAGCAAGGGGUUGCCAUCUAGACCCGCCUCGGCCAUGGGUGACUUGACCGCCAACUCCAAGGCUAGCAUGACUGAAGGAGAAAGUAACUUGUCGGUGCCUGUCGAACGCCCCAGACGGCAUUCGGACAACUCCGGGGCUGCUGCUUCCCAGCGACGCCGGCGGAGGAUGGCCGAAGAGAUGACCUCGGCCUUUAUCUUGCCUGAUAUUACGUUCAACCCCGCGCAUCUGGUCGAGAACAAUCUUUCAAAGCUUCCUGAACCUGCUCAGCGUGCACUUGACAGUGCCACUAAGCACAAUGGCAAAAACUGCACGGUCUGCAAGCAGUCCAUUCCAGGUGCCUCUUGUGAACAUACUGCAGAGGCAGUGAAGAUUCCGAAGCCCGUUCCCGUUUCAGAGCGUAUGCCCGAGCCGUCUGUCUACAAUGAGGAGCCUACCAUGCGCCCCGCGCAAUCGCCAGAGCUUGCCCUCGCGACCGUGCUCAAGGCUUUGGAAGAUGAGCUGGCCCACCUGAAGAUGCAGCUGGUGGCAUACCAGGGCUCGUACAACAAGCUGGAUGCCUCGCUGAGCAAGCGACAGAGGAAGUCUGUGGGCGAGAAGAUCGAGAAGCUGUUGAAGGAUAUCGACAUGAAGGCCGACCAGAUUUAUGCGCUGUACGACGUCCUUGAAGGCCAGAAGCAGAAUGGCCGUGAGAUGACGGAGCAGGAGAUGGAAGUGACUCUUCAGUCGAUUGGAAUUGAUACGGCAGGACGGACAGCAGACGUCACCGCCACCACGGACAAGUCCUGUCGCAAGGAACCGGACUCGGAAGACGAUGAUGAGCUUCCUUGGGAGGGGUUUGAAAGUACGCUGGAGAUGACGGGCAGGACUGGUGGAAGCCGUCGCAGCUAG